CUCAACAAAUUCAUUGGUACAAACAUGGAUCAAAUUUGCAAACUUUAAGAGUCAAGAGUCUCGACGGCGCCGUUGUUUUGACGUCGCUGCGUCGUCACCCACGUGCGCUCGUCGCCGGCCACCGCGCCGCAGUCUGUCUCUGGCGUCGUCCACGCCACACGUUACUAACACCGACGCCUGCACCACCGUUAGUGUUUGCGAAAUAUUAUGAAUACAGAACUUCAGUUUUACACUCCUUAGUGAAAUAGUUUUUACAUUCGUUUGUGAUAUGUGACCAGUUUUAAAAUGAACAAGGAAGAUUCUCAGUGUGGCCCUAGCAAAGGUGUUCGCGGGUCGAGGUCGGCUCGGUUGCUCACGGAUAGUAUAUCGUCUGACGAGGGCCCAGAGACGGAAUGUCUGCUGUCGGCGCAGCUGCAGGCGGUGGUAGUCAACCCGGUGACGAGGCGACGAGAGUCCCUGACUGCGCCGCCUUCGCCCACCGAAUCCCGCAAGAAGCGGGACCACAACCGGCAACACAACUACAAGAACCACUUGCACCAUCUCAUCCACUGGAGAGAUAUCUGGAGCGGAGAACCGCACAAAGGUCAUGAGAGCCUGCACCGCAGCGAGUCGAUGGUAUCACUGGCUUGCUUCCGGACGCUCUCGCAGCUCGUCAACAGCGACAACCUGGCAGAACUGCAACAGUACAUCGCCAACAACAAGAAUGUUUGCAUCGACGACAAAGAUGAGAAUGGCACAACAGCCCUCAUGUGUGCAAGCGAGAAUGGCCGACUGGCAGCGGUGCGGAUGUUACUUGGAGCCGGCGCGGAUGCUACGGCUGCAGACGCUGAUGGCUGGACACCACUGGCGUUUGCGGCCCGGGGAGGACAUCUUGCCAUUGCUAAAGAGUUGCUAGAUGCUGGAGCUCUUGUUGACUCUAGGGACUGUGGUGGUUGGACACCGUUGCUAUGGGCAUCCUACAAGGGGCACGAAGAAAUCGUAGCAUUGUUGCUGGAAAAAGGAGCUGACGUUCAUGCACAUGGCAAUUAUAAUAUCAACUCGCUAGUAUGGGCGGCGGGUCGCAAGCACAGUGGGGUUGUCCAACGGCUAUUGGCUGCAGGUGCGCGGCCGAAUUCGUGCGACAAGUACGCCACGUCCGCGCUAACAUGGGCAGCAAGGGCUGGCGACGUCACGUCCUGCGCAGCGCUGUUACGAGCUGGCGCCGACGCUAACACCGCUGGCAUGUACUGCUGGACCCCACUCCUGCAAGCUACACAUGGCAACCACUUCGAGAUCGUCCAAAUGCUGUUAGAACACAAGCCCAAUGUGAACGCGUUAGACAAGGACGGGUAUACCGCGCUAGCCAUCGCAUGUAAAGAAGGAUACUACGAUAUCGCUUUGGCUCUUAUUAACUCCGGCGCUUAUAUUAACGUGCAGGACCAAUCAAAAGACACGCCCUUAAUCCAUGCAGUGAAGGCAGGCCACAAGAAUAUAGUGGAAGCGUUACUAAAGAAACAUGUGGAUGUAGACCUACCAGGGAAAGAGAAAAAGACUCCGGUUUACACUGCCACUGAGAAAGGACAUGUAGCCAUACUGAAGCUGUUACUAGCUUCCAACCCCGAUCUCGAACACAGCACUGUGAGUGGCGACACUCCACUGAUGCGAGCGGUGCGUUCUCGCAAUGCGGAAAUGGUACAAUUACUGCUCGAGCGAAAAGCGCGCGUCAACGUUGCGGACAUUAGGGGAGAUACGGCGCUGCAUAUCGCCAUGAGAGCUAGGUCUAAGCAAAUCGUGGAGAUCCUCCUAAGGAAUCCGAAGAACAGUCAAUUAUUGUAUAAGCCGAAUAAAUUGAAUGAAACGCCUUACAAUAUAGAUAUGAGUUACAAUAAGACGAUAUUAGGACAGAUAUUUGGCGCUCGCAAGCUGAAUACUAAUGAAGACAAUGAGAAUAUGUUAGGUUACGAGUUGUAUAGCGCUGCUCUAGCCGAUAUGCUUUCUGAACCAAGCCUAUCGGUACCCAUAACCGUCGGACUGUACGCUCGAUGGGGAUCAGGGAAAUCUUUUUUGCUCAAUAAACUUAAAGAGGAGAUGAAGAACUUUGCCCGUCAAUGGAGUGAGACGGGCUGGGCGUGGUCUUGGGCGGUGUGGUGGGGCGCGUGGCACGUGGCGCUGUCCGCGGCCGCCGUGGCCGCCGUGGCGGGGGCGCCGCCCUACGUCGCGCUGGGGCUCUGCUUCGCGCUCUUCGCUUUCAUUUACAUCGCCCUUUAUAUACUUUGGUACACUGGAAAUAAAUACGAGUGGUGGUGGGCGGGAGGCGUGCUAUCGGCGCUGGGCCGUAAGUUCAGCUCACUGCUGUUAGCGCUGCAGGUGGUGUUCUGUCACCCACCUGGACCUAACGACCCUAGGGCGUUGCCAGCAACGCCUAUUAGAUUUCAUUUUACGGAAGGUAUGAAGAGCGGGGGAGGUCAGGAGGGAGAAGCUAUGGUGGUUCAGAUGAUAGCGAGCUUGGGUGAAGCACUGGAAUGUCAGUAUGGGAGGAUAUGUACUCGCUUAGCGCGGGCAUUUAGACCUAAACCUGUCUCGUCUACGUCUGGUUGGAAGUGGCGGCGGGUAUGCUGUAUUCCUCACAUACUUACCUUCGAGUUGUGCUUCACCUGCAUUAUCGUUGGGUUCUGCGUGCUCAUCAUGUACUUAACCGACAGGGAUCCUGACCCACAGCGGCGGGAGAUCCAGCAGGGGCUGAUGCUGGCAGCCUGCGCCGUCAGCGGCGCCGCGCUGCUCGCCAACCUCUACACCUGCGCGCGUCUACUGGCCGCGCUGCUCCGCGCGCCCCGCGCCCGCCUCGCCCGCGCCGCCGCGCGGAACCCCGCCGGGCUCCGACCUGAGGUCCAGGCCUUGACGCAUGUCGUGUCAUGCCUAGACGCGUUCACCGGUCAGCAGACCCGCCUAGUCGUAGUAGUGGAUGCCUUAGACAGCUGCGAACAGGAAAAGGUGCUAGCUUUACUCAACGCAGUGCACGCUCUCUGCUCAGACCCCAAGAGCCCCUUCAUUCUACUCCUAGCCAUAGACCCACAUAUCAUCAGUAAGGCAGUGGAAAUAAACAGCCGUCGUGCAUUCUGCGAGAGCAAUAUUGGCGGGUGGGACUAUCUACGAAACAUGGUCCAGUUGCCGUUCUACCUCCAGAACUCAGCGCUACGCAGGGUCAAGACUGCUCAGCAAACUGCUGCUAGAAGAAUGCAAGUCAUCAUGGCUGAUGACUUCUCCACGUCGUUGCAGAGAUCUGUAUCAGCACGUCGCCUCUCUUCAACAUCAGAGCUCAUGUCAAGUCAAGAACGUAUCAAGGGUCAGGCAGCCCGGGAACGUCGGCUUCGUCCGUCGGAGUCUGUGGCCUCGUCCGUAGCGUCUGGGCUACACAGAGGCGCCACUGGCGGGGUGGGGGGCGCGGGGGCCGCUGACCUCAACAGGGUGCUAUUGACUGAUGACUACUUUAGUGAUGUUAACCCAAGAAGCAUGAGGCGGCUUAUGAACGUUCUGUAUGUUACGGGUCGUCUUCUAAAGGCCUUCCAAAUAGAGUUCAACUGGUACCAGUUGGCGUCGUGGGUGAACCUUACGGAGCAAUGGCCGUUCCGUACCUCCUGGAUCAUCUACCACCACGAGACUUAUGAAGAACACAUUGACGAUUCCACCUCACUCAAACAUAUUUAUGAAAAAGUAAAACCUCUAAUGAGUGGACUUCGCGAGGCCAGCACGUUGAUGGAGCUCGACCGUGACGAGCGCAAACUGGAAGUAUUUCUCAGCUUUCACCGCGCCACGCUCACUGCCGCAGAUCUCAAGAUAUUCCUACCCUUCACCAUUAACCUGGAUCCUUACAUCAAGAAGCUUAUCAAAGAAGAACAAAUGCAAAGUGGAGUGGAAGAAGACGCGGGCGCGGGGGGCGCGGCCGCCGGGCUCGCCUGGGGACAACCACACACCAGGCAGCCACAUUCCAAACUGUUCCCUAGGAAACACCGUUCGUCUCCGCCGACACAGCCGGCGGCGCCGGGACCUGUACCUGCUCAGCAGAUGUGGGUGGGCUGGGCCAACACUAGCGGCGGGUUCGUGCCCCAGGCCAUCAACUCGCAGCCGUUCCCGGCCCCACACUACCAACAACCCCCACCACAGGCACCGGCCCAACAACAGCCUUCACAGCAACCUUCACAGAAUCCCUUCCAGUUGCUUAAAACUGCGUUCCCCGGUUUGUCGGACGUGUCGAACAUCCGCCUGUCGUCGCUGAGCGUGGAGCGCGUGUGUGCGUUGUCCCGCGCGGCGCUGGGCGCGGCGGGCGAGCAGUGCGCGGCGCGCCUCGCGCGGCACAACGUCUGCGGCCUCGUGCUCGCCGUCUGCAGGCUGCACGAUCUACAGCCGAUUCUAGAACUGUCAUUUGGUGAUUGGGAACUAUUCAAACUGCUUAUUAUAAAUCUGCGUGAAUUGGAAGCAAACAUGCCGACAACAGUACCUACGGUAGCAGUAAUGUCAGAAAAAUCGGCAGAAGCAGAAAUCGAUGCUGCGAAGCCCCCAAGACAUACACUAGAGACACAACGCAGCCGACCUUCAAAUGUUGAGAAACAGGUAACUCUGGAGGAGCAAAUGAUCUGCGGCGCGCUACAAACACUAAACGAGGAGGCCCUUGAGGACGUGCUGCAAUCGGAGCCCCCCUCCCACCCAGACGAGGAGAGCGUCCUCCAGCUUCGCGUGGGCGCGUCCUCCGUGUGUGGCACCCCGGCCGGCAGCCCGCGCCCCCUGCGGCGCGACCCCUCCAUCCUCAAGGGGGGCGGCUCCUUCCGCGCGCGCCGCGUCACCGGCGAGCCCCCCGCCGUCACCUUCAACGUCGAGCACGAGGACGACUCCGACUCCGACGGACAGAUCACGUUCAGCGCGCGCCCCCGCAUCGCGCGGUUCGACGACGUACCGCGCCGCGCUGCCCCCGCGCCCCGCUCGCGGCCCUCUUCCUUGCUGGUAGCGCCCGAGGACGCAGUCGACGUGGCAAGCCUGGCCGCACGCUCGCUCUCGGUAGAGGAUUCCACGCGCACUGGUUCGCCCAUCGUCGACCUUAAGCUGCGCGGCCUGCGCCGGACCGCAGAGAUACUGCGCAAGGUCAGCUCGGCAGAACGUUUGUCGCGCCUCAGAGAUAAGAUCAUGUCACGCGGUGGGGGCUCGCGAGAGCGCAGCCCAGCCCGCGACGAGCCUAGUGACGACGAGUCUGCCCCCCUCGUGUCACCGGGCUGUGUUCCGGUCCCAAUCCCUGCUGCCGUAGGGUCACCCGGCCCGCCCUCGGAGGCGUCCACGCUGGCGGGGGCGGCGGACAACGGUAGCGCGUCUCUGUCGCCGCGCUCCGACGUGACAGAGCUGGAGUCGCCCCGCGACGUGGGCGCCGCAUUCGACUUGCUGCCGGGCGACAAGAGGGCGGACGACCGCGCGACGCGACCCGCGGCGCGGCUGGAUCACGCGGGCAGCAGCGCGUCGCUGGGCGACAUGGUGGAGCCGUACAACAUGCGUCUGCUGGGCGAGGCGGGGCGCGGGCUGUGGCGCCAGGACGCGCUGGACGCGGGCCCGCCGUGGCCGUGGGACGAGCCCGACUCGGCCGUGUGACGCGGCGCCGCGGGGGUCGCUGCCCGGCAACUACUCGAGCGCACGGCUGCCUAGCCGGACUCGGCUCCGCGUCGACAGUAGGCCGAGAUAUGUUAAGCCGAAGAUAGCAAUUUUUAUUUGCGGUAGAAAGCUAUGUUUUUAUUGCUCUCGGUUUGCUGUACUUAAACCUUAGAUAGAAUCCAAUUUUUAAGACGAUGGAAAACAAAUUCAUGCUUUUUCCACGUAGCAUAAUCAAUUAUCACUGUAAUUUUAGGAGUACCUUUGCAGAAUGAAGACAAUUUACUUUGACAGAAUUGUAAUGCAUUUAUAAUGAUUGACCCAGUAUUGUGAUAUAAAUAUAUAACCUUAAGUGUAUCGAUUAUUUGACUGUAAUGUGUGAUCAGUAGUUAUACUUUCACAACAUACAUCUGAUUUUGUGUUACCCGCGUCUGCAGAAUGUUGAAUAAAACACAGAUUCGCUAUCGAAGUUAUUUACCUUUUACAUCUAGUACCACUUUUACAGAAACAAACGUGUGUAUGUCACAUGUAUAAUACUUUAUUCGUUUACAAUAUCAGAUAUUGGCGAGUAAUCACAUCGUAAAAAUUUACAAUCGUAUGUAUUUUUGCUCCCUUACAUUUGCAUCAUUUAUCGAAAUACAUAAUAAGUUACCUCAUAGAGAGCAUUGCCUCAUAUUUGAAAUAUUCAAAAACUAAUGAAAUACAACGUUUAUUCGAAAUAUUAAGUGUUUACUACAAUGCAACUACGAAAACGAAUGUGUUUAAAGAGAUCACAAACUAUGUAUAAAAGCCCAGCGCAGCUGGUAUCUACAGUUGCCAACAUAAUAUAUUACAUUAAUAUACAUUAUUAAACUUACAUACGAACGGAAGCGCAAAUAAAACUACUGAACAUAAUCUCGUCACAUAAGUAGCCUCGAUAUAGAAAUAUGCAUAUUUCAUGUUAAAUCCAAAUUACUGGUCUGUUUGUAAGUAUUAUCUACUAUUAACUAAAGAAAAUUCAAUUAGUUAAAUCAGCAUUUUAUUUUCUUAACACCUAAAAUCUAAUACAAAUUAAAUAGGAAUGUCGAUAAAAAAGAGCACCAAUAAAUAAAAAAAAUAAAGAUAUUACAACAGGCCAGAACAAUAUUGACAUAGAGUACAUUUUAUAUUUCUCACUAAUUGCAGUGAACAUGACUAAUAUACAAUGAGAGACUUUCAGUGUAGCCUAUUUUUUUCGCAAGAUUUCCACUAACACCAGAAACACAUUAUCAUAUCCUAAAUAGCAAUCUUUAUCACAAAUCUAUUAGUAUUCCUAGUGAAGUGUAAUUAGUGAUGUCUUAGAACACAUGUUAUUAUGUACAUUUAAAUAAUUAUUUGAUUAAUAUUAUUGUUUUACUCGAUUGUAAAAAAUCCUAAUGAGCCAACUAGAAAGAUUCAAUGACGUUAUAUAACAAGAUUCUAAAUGACACAGAUGACUAUAUGACCUGUAUUUUGUUGAGAUUGAUGGUGGUGUCGUCUAUGGACUUGUCGGGUGGGUCCGGGCUGUCUGGUCGUAGCUGUGUUCUGUUGUCUCGCUCGAGGUCGGUGUCGGCCUCCUCUGCAUCGGAGCUGGCGCGCUCGUCUGCCGGCAGCAGCUCGGGCCCUGUGGGCAGCUCAGCCAACUCGGGCUCCGCCGCCGCGUCCGCGGGCGCGGGCGCUGUCAGCGCACUCCACCAGCCCGACAGAGCGCCGCGGGCCUGCGACAGCGCGCCGCCCACGGCACGUGACGUGGUGGCCACGGCGCGCCCUGUACUGGCUACCGCAGCGCUUACCUUCCUGCCACCCUCCGUCGUAGACAUUGUGCUGUACACAUACAAAACGUAUACAUUAAAUCACUACUUUAAGAAAGGAACGAAAUUUUAUGAUUACAGCAAAUAAGUCAAGUAGUAAACUUACUGAGCAAACUUUAACUUCAUAUCAGCCACAGAUAGUUGUCCAGAAAAUGGGUGCAUGGGCAUAAGAUUGAUAAAGGAUUCUAUAUCUCCGAUGUUCGUAGCUAUCAACCAUUGUUGAUAUGCAGGAGUUGACUUGAAGGCCGUCAUAAAUUGAGAAUUAUACGAAUCAAUCUCUCGACUGCCUUCUGCAAUGAAGAAACAGUUCAUUAUUAAUAAACACCUAAAAACAAGAAUAAAGAAAAAUAUAAAAAAUAUUGUGAUGUGUGUUACCUGGUAGUAAAGAGGUCCUUAGUAAGUAAAUUAAGUAACUUGCAAACUGCUCUCUUAUCCACGCAUCGCCUUGAGUCGGGCCAUGCCGCACCACAUGGUCAGCAAAUCUAAGAUCUUCAGUACCGAGAGCCAACUGUCUCCGAAGCAUCAUAUCAGAGGUCUCUAUCCUCAUUUCAUUUAGCUCUACUAAGACAUCAAACAAUUGCCUUUUUUGUUUAAACAAAACAUUUGAUGCUCCAACUACAAAACCUUGAACAGCAGGGUCAGAUAAUAGAUCGAGAUACUGCAAAGAUAAGUAAGGUAGACAAAGGUAGCCUUCCUCAAACAAAGGCAGAGGAAAUCCACACUCAGUUUGAUCAACUUGCUCUGUAAGAUUGUGCAGACCAUCAACACUCAUGUCUCUAGCCAUAGUAGGGCUUUGUUGUGCUUCUGUCACACUUUUCUGUGGUUUGUAUUUCUCACCAAUACUGUGACACUUUUCUCUAGAUCCCGACAACUCUGAACGAUCCACUGUAUCUCCAAGUAGUGUUUCAUCAAAACUUUGUCUACUAACACGAUCUUUCUCCUCUAACAGGUUGCCUGUCUCCUUUGGAGAGAGUUCUUCAAUCUGGACCGACCCAUUAUGUAAUUGACCCAGAGGUUCUUGUGCAAUUUCAGUUGAAGUAUCAGGUUCUACUUGGAGUUUAUUAUCUAUAGCUGCAGCAGGGAUAGGAGACAAUGGCCUGGAAAGC